AUGAACUCAUUGAACAUCUUGUCAUCGCGAGUCAUUGGCCAGUCCUCCAGCUCUUCACGUCCACGAUCGCAGUCUCAGAGUGAGAAACGGCGGGCGCUCCCGCCAGGCGAUCUCGCCAAAUUUCGAUCAUACAGUGAGGAUAAUUUUCGCUCUAGUCUCGUCCCGGAGAGAGGCUACGACGGCUCCGCAUCAUUAGCAGACGGCGACGAAGAAGAGACGGUACAUUCGUUUGAUGAGAAGACACCUUUAUUGCAUGGUACCUUACACGAUGGCCCCAUCGUGACUAAAAGCACUUGGCGACUCUUCACAAGGCGCAUCUUUGAUGCGAUUGCCGAAACGAUCCGCUUCAUUCUGUCAACACUUGCUGCCCCCGGAGUAUACGUUGCUCAAUGCUUCCAAAACGACGAGGGUCGUUAUUCGCUCCUCGCUCCGGUGAGGAAGAUUUGGCGAACUCCUGCCAACUCGAGAAACCGGCCGGAUAAAGCGCCAUCCAUUCGAGUAGGGAAUAGGCGAAGAAGUGCCUCCACCCGCAAGUUGAAACCACAGACCUCACGAGAAUCGAUCCUAUCCACGACGUCCGAAUCUGACACAGAACGAAGAAAUGUUAAGGCUCUUACAAGCAGCAAGAGUCGACCUGAUAAAGCGGAACCUAGUUUAGAACCUAGUCCUGAUGAAAGUACGCCACGUCGGUCUAUACGAAUCAAGCUACAUAACGAGGAAACGCUUCAGCGCCAGAGACAACGAAGAACUCAAAGCGCCGAUUUUGGCCCACCAAUGCCGGAGGGUGUGAAUCGAGUACAGGCUGUCAGCCUGGACAGCUUGAAAUCUCCCAUGUCCCCGUCCGUUCAUCGCAUUACGAAAUACCCACAUUCACCAUCUCCGCCGCGACCUCUUCUACCUCCACGAUUGCCUUCAUAUACAGCGGCGCCUCGAAAUGCUAGACUCCCUCAGAAAACCUUGGUGCUAGAUCUUGAUGAGACACUUAUCCAUUCGCUCGCCAAGGGCGGUCGUAUGUCCAGCGGACACAUGGUUGAAGUGAAGCUUUCCAUGCCUACGACCACUGCUUUGUCUCCCGGAGGCCCGCAAGCCACUAUUGGUCCUCAGCAUCCUAUCUUAUACUAUGUGCAUAAGCGACCACACUGUGACGAUUUCCUGCGCAAGAUUUCCAAGUGGUACAAGCUCGUGAUCUUCACAGCGAGUGUGCAGGAGUACGCCGACCCUGUAAUCGACUGGCUCGAACAAGAACGCAAGUACUUCCAGGCCCGGUACUACCGACAGCACUGCACGCUCCGCAACGGCGCCUACAUCAAAGACCUUAGUUCUGUGGAACCGGAUCUCAGCAAAGUGAUGAUCUUGGAUAACAGUCCAAUGAGCUACAUCUUCCAUGAGGACAAUGCGAUCCCCAUUGAGGGGUGGAUCAACGACCCUACGGAUAACGGUUUGCUGCACUUAAUUCCCAUGCUUGAGGCGUUGCAAUAUGUUACGGAUGUUCGGGCACUACUGGCUCUUCGUCGAGGUGAAAUCGAAUCAUGA